AUCAUGCAUCAGGGUGUUACGCCCCGGAAAAGUUUAGUCGAAUCUCCCCCAAACUCGCCAUUUAGGAAGAAAAAAAAAAAGGUAAUAAGGAACUUUUGGGGAUAAAACCAUCAGCGAUACCAACUACAUCGGUUCUUGUUGUUUUUUAUUGGCUUAUAUAAACUUUCUGGAACUUGUGUUAGCAUUUAGCAUAACCUCGUUUAACAUUGACCCACGUGGUGAGUGUGUGUAGGCUGUGUCUACUGUCAGUCUGCUGGCUGAAAGCAGAGAAGACAUUUCUGCCUCCUGACUCGGACUCCGACUCCUUCCCGCCUCACUAAAACUAACAGGUGCCAUGGCUGAAAGGGUGCUGGUGGUUGGCGGCGGAGGGCGGGAGCACGCUCUGGCCUGGAAGUUGGCACAGUCGCCACACAUUCAGCAAGUCCUUGUGGCUCCCGGGAACGCGGGGACGGCAAACUGCGGGAAGAUCAGCAACUCUGAGGUAUCUGUGAGUAACCACGCCAUUUUGGCUCAGUUCUGUAAGGACCAUCAUGUGGGGCUCGUGGUGGUCGGCCCAGAGGUUCCGCUCGCUGCUGGUAUGGUGGAUGACCUGACGGCAGCAGGUGUACCAUGUUUUGGCCCGUCUGCCAGAGCCGCCGAGUUGGAGGCCAGCAAGAGCUUCUCCAAGGCCUUCAUGGAGCGCCACGGCAUUCCCACGGCCCGCUACGGCUCCUUCACCGACGCAAAGGAGGCUUGCAACUACAUCCGCACGGCUGACUUCCCAGCGCUGGUUGUGAAGGCCAGUGGCUUGGCAGCGGGUAAAGGAGUUAUUGUGGCACAAGACCAGGAAGAGGCCUGUCGGGCAGUGAUGGGAGCUGACAUGAUGAGGUGGGACCGAGCGUUUGGUUCUGCUGGCGACACAGUGGUGGUGGAGGAGCUUCUCGAAGGCGAGGAAGUAUCUUGUCUGUGCUUCAGCGAUGGCUCCACGGUGUCGUCAAUGCCUCCAGCGCAGGAUCACAAACGCCUGCAAGAUGGCGAUCAGGGUCCAAAUACAGGAGGCAUGGGAGCCUACUGCCCCACCCCUCAGGUGAGCCAUGAGCUACUUGUGCAGAUCCGAGAGUCUGUGCUUCAAAAGACCGUGGAUGCGAUGAAGCAAGAGGGAGCUCCUUAUGUUGGUGUGCUGUAUGCCGGCCUCAUGUUAACCCAGAAGGGACCCAAAGUUCUGGAGUUCAAUUGUCGCUUUGGAGACCCCGAGUGCCAGGUCUUGCUGCCCUUGCUGAAAAGUGACUUGUAUGAGGUCAUCUUGAACACGAUGAAUGGCAAGCUGGCCUCCAGCGCCCCUGAGUGGCACAAGGAAAAAGCCGCAGUGACCGUAGUGAUGGCGAGUGCCGGCUACCCAGGUGCCUACAACAAAGGAAUGGCCAUCACAGGUCUGUCCCAGGUGGAGGACAUGGGCAUCCAGGUGUUCCACGCAGGUACAGGGCUGAAGGACGGACAAGUGGUGUCCAGCGGCGGGCGCGUCCUGACGGUCACCGCGGUCAGACCUUCGCUGGAGGCGGCACUGCAGGCAGCCAAUGAGGGAGUGGCUGCGGUUGGUUUCCCGGGUGCUGUGUACCGCCGUGACAUUGGUCACCGGGCCAUUUCCCACCUGAAGCAACGCAGAGGCCUGACUUAUAAGGACAGCGGCGUGGACAUUGCUGCGGGCAACAAGCUGGUGGACAUCAUCAAGCCUCUGGCCAGGGCAACUUCCCGCCCAGGAUGUAAUGCAGAGCUGGGAGGCUUUGCUGGACUUUUUGACCUUAAAGCUGCAGGAUUCCUCGACCCGGUUCUGGUAUCUGGAACUGACGGUGUUGGGACCAAACUGAAGAUUGCCCAGGCGUGCGGUCAGCAUGGCAGCUUGGGUCAAGAUCUAGUCGCCAUGUGCGUGAACGACGUCCUGGCUCAGGGAGCAGAGCCGCUUUUCUUCCUCGAUUACUUCUCCUGCGGAAGCCUGGAUGUGAACGUGGCCGCCGCAGUGGUCGCUGGCAUCGCCAAAGCGUGUGAGAUUGCUGGCUGUGCUCUACUGGGUGGAGAGACCGCAGAAAUGCCUGGCGUCUACGGCCCUGGGGAGUAUGAUCUAGCCGGGUUCUGCGUGGGAGCAGUAGAGCGUAGCGCCCUGCUGCCCAGACUGGCGGACAUCACGGAGGGAGACCUGUUGAUCGGAGUGGCAUCCUCUGGUAUCCACAGCAACGGCUUCAGCCUGGUCCGCAAGGUCCUGGAACGUGCAAAUCUAAGCUACAGCUCCCCGGCACCCUUUGGCCACCCGGGACAGACUGUUGGGGAGGUUUUGCUGACGCCAACAAAGAUCUACAGUCAUCUGCUGCUCCCGAUCCUGCGCAGCGGUGCGGUGAAAGCCUAUGCUCACAUCACCGGUGGAGGACUUCUGGAAAACAUUCCUCGUGUUUUGCCCCAGGAGCUAGCAGUCGAUAUAGAUGCGUCUCGUUGGAGCAUCCCACCAGUGUUUUCCUGGCUCCAGAAAGAGGGCGGACUGAGCGAGGAUGAAAUGACCCGCACCUUCAACUGCGGCCUGGGAGCAGUGCUAGUGGUGGCCCCGAUGGAGGCUCAGAGGGUCUUGCGGCAGCUGCAGGCCCUUGAGGAGGCCUGGAUCGUGGGCGCACUCGCUCACAAGCAGCCCGGUACCGAGUCUGUGGCGGUCCGCAACCUCAAGCACAGCCUGCUGAGCGGCGGUCCAGCCUCCAAGAACGGCAAUUGCCUCGGUGACAUCAGCACGCCGCACAGGAGGACCAAAGUCGGCGUUCUCAUUUCAGGGACAGGUACCAACCUGCAGGCACUGAUCGAGCAGGCCAGGCGUCCAUCUAGCUGUGCAGAGAUCGUGGUGGUCAUCUCUAACAAGCCUGGAGUUCAGGGCCUCAAAAGAGCAGCGCUGGCUGGGAUCCAGACACGGGUGGUGGACCACAAACUCUACGGAAGCCGAGCGGAGUUUGACGGCACCAUCGACCGCGUCCUCGAAGAAUUUGGGGUGGAGCUUGUGUGUCUGGCUGGAUUCAUGCGGAUCCUCACGGGGGGUUUUGUUAAGAAAUGGAACAGUAAGCUCUUGAACAUCCAUCCCUCCUUGCUGCCUUCCUUCAAGGGUGUGAACGCCCAAAAGCAGGCUCUCCAGGCCGGGGUGCGGGUUAGUGGCUGCACGGUCCACUUUGUUGCGGAGGAGGUGGACGCAGGGGCCAUCAUCGUGCAGGAGGCGGUGCCAGUGGUGAGCGGCGACACCGAAGAAAGUCUGUCGGCCCGAAUCAAAGAGGCCGAGCACAGGGCCUUCCCUGCGGCCAUGGAGCUGGUCUCCAGCGGAGCUGUCCAUCUUAGUGAGGAUGGACGUGUCAUCUGGAGGUCACAUUAAUACUUUGCAUGACUACAGCUGAGUAAAAUGUGUGGUGUGACACUGUUACAAAACAUUCCUAAUGUGCAUGCAUGUUACAUUUUACCUGGAUGAAUACAUAUUAUGCACAGUAAACUAACAUUUCUGUAUCUACUCCAAAUGUUUGUGUUUAAAUGUACUUGUGUGAAUUAGAGCUGCACAGAACAAAAAAUGCUAUUCUUUCUAAAUGGUUUACUUUUACUUGUUGUAUGCACAUAUACUGUAUAAGCCUAUAUACUAGGGGUGUAACGGUACACAAAAAGUACGUACCUCGGUUUAGAGGUCACGGUUCAGUUCAUUUUCGGUACAGUAAGAAAACAACAAAAUAUAAAUAUUUUGGUUAUUUAUUUACCAAAUUUGUAAACAAUGGCUUUAUCCUUUUAACAUUGGGAGCACUAUAAUAAUUCUGCCCACAUUAAUCAACAUUAAGCUGCCUCAAAUUGUUGCUCAGAUUAAAUAAAAUCACAAAACUUUUCUUCUACAUAUAAAAAGUGCAACAUUAAACAGUUUCAAGUCAACUCAUCAUGCUUAAUUAAUUACGGUAGUUGAUUUGUAUUAUGUAAAUGUUAAAAAAAAAAAAAAAAAUGUUAUAUUUUUUAUCAACAUGUGAUAGCAGGGACCCUGCCAUUCAAAACUAGGCUGCUCCAUUACUAAUGAUUAAUGUAACUAUAGCUGAAAAAAUGGUACAAUAGCAAAAGGAGAGACUAUUCAUCCCUGAACACCAUGGAGUUCAUGUAGGCUUAAUGAUGCAGUUACAUUAUUAUAUCAACUAUCAGAGACAGAAACUCUUCAUUUAACAUAAUGUCCUUUUUUGCUGCUUCAACACAGCUCAAUCAACACAGACAAAGGUAAAGUGAAAUAACAGACAGACAGGGCUUUGCUGUCCGUAACACACAAACACACACCGCAAAAUGAACUAACGUUGCGCUAAAAGCGAAUUAGCCUUCAUCUCAAGCCAGGACUGCGAGCGAACGGAGCUGCCUUUUAUAUUUCUAGAAAGUCAACGGGCUCAUAGUGAUGAUACUAGUAGUUGACUGGGAGGUGUUUAUUAUAAUUUGGGGAGAGUCCGCUGCCUGAUGCUUACCUGCUAUGCGCUCUGAAUAUGCACUGCUGAUUGGCUGUUACCGCUCUGUUUGUAACCAAUCAGAUGGUUGUGUGGGUGGGACAAUGCUGAGUGCUGUGUAGAGGACUGACAGACAGGUAGAAGGAAGCGGAGCAGCUUGUUAAGACUAUAGCUUAGGCGGCUACUUAAUAUGUUCGUGUGGAAACUUGUUCGGUACACCUCUGAACCGAACCGAACCCCCAUACCGAAACGGUUCAAUACAAAUACACGUACCGUUACACCCCUACUAUAUACAGUACAGUAUGUGUGAAUCCUCAGCAGGAAAAUUGUUACUAUUUUUUUUCUGUGCAGCCAAGUGUGAAUGCAAUUUCUUGCCUACAGUCAAUGAUUUGUCAACAUGGAUUGUGUUAUUUCCAUUUCACUCCACUGUCAAAAAGUGUCCAUGCAGAUGGAAUACAUGAUCAUUUUUGCAGCCUCCCUUAAAUCAAGAUUAAACUGUACCUCUUUGUUAUUAGGAUCUUAAAGUAUUUUUAC